CCCGGCGAAUAACUGCAUGUAGAAUGGUUCCGUUUUGCAGUCACACAUUUUUCAUUUUUAGAAAUAUCUCACUUAAACACGAUACAAAAAUGUCAUUCUUUCGUAAAAACCUGCUCUUUAACUUAUGAUACAAAUUAAACGUAUGAAUGGUAACAUCUUACUUUUUCUACUCUUUUCGAUCCUACCCGGAUCGAAAGAAAUGGACACCAGGAGACAGUUGCCAUAACGACAAAAAAACGUCAACGCGAACUUUUUUUUUUUUUUACUUGAAACCAACGUGUAGCUGGAGCUUGUAUUUUAAUUGGAAAAAAAAUCAUCCUAACAUAUCAUACAAGAUGAGUGAGUUCACAGAGUCUCUUCUCAAAUAUGACACUCCCGUUUCAAUAAGCAAAGGCACCGUUAGGAAAUCAGUAAAAGGGCGUCCAUUCAAAGUGAGCCCACAUCAGCCUGCUGACACCCCUGUGCCCCCUCCCCCUCAAAGCAAAUCAGGGUCACCUGAAAAUGAGCAAGUCCUCAACGUCAUCUUUCCCCCCAGAGAGUGGGCGGAGGGCAACGCCAUGUGGGCCCAACGAGUGUCCAGUACGCCAAGUACACGGGCCGACGUGGUCAAGCUGGAAGAGGCGCUCGACAGGAAGUUGCAGCAGAGGCGGGCCUUGGAAACGGGCAUCUGCCCCAUUCGCAGGGACUUGUACUCUCAGUGCUUCGACGAGCUGAUCCGGCAGGUGAGCAUCAACUGUGUCGAGCGGGGUCUCCUGCUGCUGCGCGUCCGAGACGAGAUCCAAACGACCGUGGCCGCUUACCAGACCCUGUACGAGAGCAGCGUGGUCUUCGGGAUGAGGAAAGCUCUCCAGGCCGAGCAGUGA